GUUGAUUCAUUCCCAUUAUUCCAAAAAUGUCAUCUAAGUCCAGCAAUGAGAGCAACUCCGACCUCCCAAAAUCCCCCUUCUGGGAGGAGCCAGACGCCCUGGCCCUCCGCGAGGGCUUCUGGCUCCCCACCUGCCUCCUCGACUCCGCCGCCUCCUUCCGCCAAAACUUUCAGGCCCGCGAGGGCGACGUCGUCCUGGCCUCCCCAAUCAAAACCGGCACCACCUGGCUCAUGGCCAUCGCCCACUCCCUCCUCCACAAACCCAAAUCCAAUGAUGCCAACAAUGCCGAUGCCCUAGCCAGCAACAACCCUCACUCCCUGGUCCCCACAGUCGAAUUCGAGCUGUGGUCCCCCACCACAACCGUCAACAUCUUCGACCCCACCUCCCCGCGCCUCCUCCACACCCACCUCCCUUUCUCCCUCCUCCCCGCCUCCCUCUCCGCCUCGAAAAUCGUGUACAUCGCCCGAGGCCCCGAGGACACCCUCAUCUCCAUGUGGCACUACUUCAACGCCGUCGCCGCGCCGGUGCCGCUGGAGAAGGCGGUGGAGUGCUUCUGCUCUGGGGCCCACCCCUUCGGCCCCUUUGACCGCCACGUGGCGGAGUACUGGCUGGAGACCCGGAGGCGGCCGGAGAAGGUGCUGUUCGUGAAGUACGAGGACAUGAAGAGGGAGCCCGGGAGGGAGGUGUCCAGGAUUGCCGAGUUUCUCGGGAGGCCGGUCGCCGCGGAGGGGGAGGUGGAGGAGAUUCUGUGGCGGUGUAGUUUGGAGAGGCUCAAGAAUUUGGAGGUCAAUGCGGCUGGACAUGCUGCUUACUUUAGGAAAGGUGAAGUGAGAGACGGGAAGAAUUAUUUGACGCCGGAGAUGGGAGAUCGGAUUCAUCGGAGCGUGGGCGUUAAGCUCGAGGCACUGGGCCUCUUUUUUUCUGACAGACGAUGAAGCGUAGUUCAGUUCAGUUAUCUUUAAUAAGACGUUUUUCAUCCAACUAUGGACGUGAGUCAAGGAAUGUGUGUGUUUGUAAGUGUAUGACUCAGUUCGGUUUAAUAAGACGUUUUUCAUCUAA